UAAAGAUGGAUGAACCAUCGUUACUUAAUGUUUCCUGCGGGGCAGUUUUGAAGCUCAGUGCUUUAGACGUCGCCUGACUCCAGCUAACUGCUCGGUAAUUCAAAAAUUGAGCAAAGAGGUGGAGCUUAGACAGGCCACGCAAAUGUCUCCGGGCCACGAACUGUCCUAGGAUGGCAUCCACCUGUCACUCAGUGGCCACGCUCUUAAGUAGUGCAAAAUCAAUCAAUGCAAAAAGUGGAAUCAGCUGCAACAACAGCGUGUUCUUGGCAACCGUUUCUGAGGCAAAGUGCACGGCGACUGGCAACCGGGAGUAAACUCUUGAGUGAACAGGGAGGGGAGGAGAGUGUUAUUUUAGCCUUUGAUCCCUUUUUUCUGUUUUGGAAAAGGGAAGCAGACCAUGCUGAGAUGGCAGAGCUGUGAUCGAUACGAGGAAAAGGCUUUUUUGCAGUUGAAGGUGACGAAGAAGCAAAGCAGCUCCGGUCUGUAGGGAGAUGAGGCCCACUGGAGUCUGACUCACCAGUUUUAUGCAAUAAAACUGUUAAAAAGUGGAAAUGCAACCUUGAAACGACAUGUUUUUGGCAGGAGCUGACUGGCUGGCCUCGCUGCUCUACUAUGACUCUGAGCUGCUGAACAUUUUGGUUUUUCAAAGCAUUUUUCGUAGCUCUCGAAGCCCACCCGUUUUUCCUCGAUGGGUUCCCGCAGCCAAAGCUUCUUCCACCACCACCACCAUCGCAGCUCCAUGGUGCCGGCUGCAGUGCCGAGGCUGCUCCCCGAGAACGGCAGCCUGCUGGGAGGCAUCGCUCAAAUCACCCCCAACCUGUUCCUCAGCAGGGGCAACGUGGCGUCCAACCGCAGCCUGCUGCUGUCCAAAGGCAUCACCUGUGUGGUCAACGCCACCAUCGAGCUGCCCAACUUCAACUGGCCUCACAUGGAGUACGUGAAGGUCCCUCUGGCCGACAUGCCCCACUCUCCCAUCUCGCUGUACUUCGACAGCGUGGCUGAUAAGAUCCACAGCGUGGGGCGUAAACGGGGGGCGGUGCUGGUGCACUGUGCAGCCGGGGUGAGCCGCUCGGCCUCCCUGUGCCUGGCGUACCUCAUGAAGUAUCACCGGGUGUCUCUGGCCGAGGCCCACGCCUGGGUCAAAGCCCGCCGCCCCGUCAUCAGGCCCAACGGCGGCUUCUGGCGCCAGCUCAUCGAGUACGAGAGGAAGCUGUUCGGUAGAAACUCUGUAAAGAUGGUGCAGACGCCCUACGGGGUGAUACCCGAUGUUUACGAGAGGGACCGCAGGAGCCUCGCUCCCUACUGGGGCCUGUGAGGGAGGAUGGCCAAGUGUCCUCAGCAAGGAUCGAGGAGGAGAAGCGAAGCCCUUCUGCCCUUCCGGACUGCAGGUCCACGCCUGUUCUGGACAGGCGAAGUGAGACGCGUGUGUGUACAUGUGUGUGAAGCUUAUUUAAUGAACACUGGUGCAUUUGGACGUCGACGGUUCUGCUGUUCGUCCAACCGGUUGUCUCCAUUUUAGUCUUUGAGCGGGAAGCGAGAUGACUUCAAGCCCUUCGGACCAGAGGAUCAGAUGGGACCACAGUGACGUCAGACACCAAAACAAGACGAAACUCUGAGCGUGUUAGUCGGUGCUGUCUAUUUCCUGGCCUGUCUCUCCAGUUCCAGCUGAGGACAAGCUCCGUGUGAAGGUGUUUGGCUCCAGACUCUGCAGCUCUGACAGUGACGUGACUGAAGUCCUUUUCCUGACGUGGUGUCAUGUGAUGGUAUUGUGCCAGUUUUGCAGUAAUUUUUAGUGUGAAGGGCAGCAGCAUGCUCGUAAUUUAUGGUAGCAUUAAAAAGAAUAAGUGUACAGAAAAAAUAUAUAAGCAAAUUAUUUUACUGGAAAAAUAUUGAUAGGGAAAAAAAGCUUAUGGUGCACUUUAACUGAACAUUUAAAGAUGUUAUAUCUACCUUUUUGAAGGUGAACAUUGAAAAGAUGUAAGCUAGAAGUUCGAGUUUAGGGAAAGCUCCUGUGUAACACAGGGUUGACUGUUCCGUCCUGUGACCACACUAUGUUAUUGUAGUGCUAUUUGAUGCUGUAUUAAAAAAUAUCUGCUGCAUCAUG